CCAGCUGGUAUCUGCUGUCAAACCAAAAAUAACUGACAUACUGUGUCAAACAGCGAUUUUAGUACACUAAAGAUUUAGUACGUUAACUGUUUAUUUAUCAAUUAUAUUUCACUAAAAAAUCCUUUAAAAUGAGUCGCAAGGAAGCUUUAUCAAAUUUCAUUCAACAAAUUCAUGCACGACCGGUUGUUGUCAAGUUAAAUAGCGGCGUAGAUUACAGAGGUGUCUUGGCAUGUCUGGAUGGAUACAUGAAUAUCGCUUUGGAGCAAACUGAAGAAUAUGUCAAUGGACAAUUGAAGAAUAAGCAUGGAGAUGCAUUCAUACGGGGCAACAAUGUACUUUACAUCAGUACACAAAAACGAAGAGUUUAAAAUGUGUAAAUAUUCUCAAUAAAAUCUCUAUUUCUAAUGAUA